AUGACGGACAAGGAGUUCACCUACCAGGAUGUUGCCGAGCACAACACCAAGAAGGACCUGUUCGUGGUCAUCCACGACAAGGUCUACGACUGCGCAAAGUUCAUAGACGAGCAUCCCGGUGGUGAGGAGGUCAUGCUGGAUGUUGCCGGGCAAGACGCAACCGAAGCCUUCGAGGACGUCGGCCACAGCGACGAGGCGCGUGAGACACUGGAGCAGCUCUACGCCGGUGUGCUGAAGAGACAGCCCGGCGACCCAACCCCCAAGGCUCCUAAGCCCGGUGCCGUCACGCCUGCGUCGACGGGCGAUGCCACCGGCCUCGGCAUCGGCGUGUACGCCUUCGUGCUUAUCGGUGGUGCCGCUGCCUACUUUGCCUACCAAUAUCUCCAGGCCCAGCAGCAGCAGCAAGGCCAGGCUUAG